GGAAACGUCUCUUCUUGGGUGUCUUGCUCGUUGAUCAUGUGUGUUGACCGCAGAAGAGUGUGAGAGCCGCGCGAGUCGCGUUCGAUUUCGAUUGCGAACGAUUUUACUGGCGAUUUUUUCCGAUCGGUUUUUUCGGAACUUUGUUUCGUACCGCGCUUCGUAUUGGUUUGUAAUUUUUGUCGGAGUUUUCUGGAAGUUUUUGAAACUUUUAUUGCGGUGAAUUCGUCGGGGAUUUACUCAAACGACCAAACGAAAAAUAAAUUCGGCUCGUUGUCGGGCGAACCGACAUGCAGCUCUGCUUGAAGUGAAAGCGCCCGGAAAAAUCGAGUUUGAUGAGACUGCUCUCGAUCUUCGACGUGGAUUCUCCUCCAGACAUUCACGAAGGCGAUUAUUCGCGCUCGUCGCCGAGCAGUCCGGACUUGUUCCUCAGGGGCUCGCCCUCAGACCGAAAGACAAGCGCGACAAAUCCCAUUUGCGAUGCGUCUGCGAGAUGCGUUCCGGUCCUCCAGCCGUAAAGAUUCGACCAGCGGAUUACCAUCACCAACGGUUCCGGCGGCAACUUAGUUACCAAAGGGGUGCCGUAGACGCCAAUAAUAAUAACGCCGGAUACGAUGCUCUACAAAAUAAAUGUACUCUGUUAGUUCAAAGCGAGUUAAGUGGUACCUCGUUGGUGGCAGAAGGCUCGCAGACUUCAGCCCCCAGUAGCCCCCACUCAAGCAUGCUUCUGCUUCAAUCGUCGACCCCGUUUGGACCAAGCAGCUUCGCCGAUCUGCUGAAUGCCCCGUUCUCGGACGAUCCCGCGUCCGCCGUAAAUCCGGAGGACCUCAACCCGUUCGCCGACGUCACCCUACACUCGCCCGCCUCCUCGCCGCUACCGCUGCCCAGCUUCCAAGAGACCUACUCGCUGCGCUACCAAUCGCCCAUCAAAAUGGACGACGACUGCUUCAACGUGACGGCCUACCAGCACCACUACCACGACUACGACCACCACCAGCCCCCCUACCAUCAGACGGCCGCCAGCCCGUACUACCCGCCGCCGCCGGCGUUCGAACCGUCGCCGCACCACCAGGACUCCUACUCGCUGCCGGUGUACGCGGCGUCGGAGCCGCCGCAGCCGGCGAAGCCGCGGCGCGCCUCGCUGCCGCUGCAACGGUCCGAGUCGACCAGCAGCAGCGAGAGCCCGAAGCUGCGCAUCGCGUCGACGUGCUCGUCGGCGUCGAGCAGCCCCGGAGGCGCGCCGGACAAGGGCCCGGCGCCGCCGUCGCCGUCGCAGCUGUGCGCCGUCUGCGGCGACACGGCCGCCUGCCAGCACUACGGCGUGCGGACGUGCGAGGGCUGCAAGGGGUUCUUCAAGCGCACCGUGCAGAAGGGCUCCAAGUACGUGUGCUUGGCCGACAAGGCGUGUCCGGUGGACAAGCGGCGGCGCAACCGGUGCCAGUUCUGCCGGUUCCAGAAAUGCCUGGCCGUGGGUAUGGUGAAGGAGGUGGUGCGCACGGAUUCGCUGAAGGGCCGACGGGGACGGUUGCCGUCGAAGCCGAAGUCGCCGCAGGAAUCGCCGCCCAGUCCGCCGGUGUCGUUGAUAACGGCGUUGGUGCGGGCGCACGUCGACACCACGCCGGACCUGGCGAAUUUGGAUUACUCGCAGUACUUGGAGCCCAGUCCGGUCGAGCCGAUCGUGUCCGAGGCCGAGAAAAUCCAACAGUUCUACGGGCUGUUGACGACGUCCGUCGACGUGAUACGGCAUUUCGCCGAUAAGAUUCCCGGCUUCCAGGACAUCCGGCCGGAGGAUAGGGAGUUGCUGUUCCAGUCGGCCUCGUUGGAGCUGUUCGUUCUGAGAUUGGCGUACAGGACGCACCCGAACGAUUCCAAAUUGACCUUCUGCAACGGUGUCGUGCUGGACAUGCAGCAGUGUCAAAGGUCCUUCGGCGAUUGGCUGAAUUCCAUCUUGGAAUUUUGCGCCGGACUACACGCCAUGGAAAUCGACAUAUCGGCCUUCGCCUGUCUCUGCGCUCUUACGCUGAUCACCGAUCGGCACGGAUUGAAGGAUCCCCACAAGGUGGAGCAGCUCCAAAUGAAGAUAAUCUCGUCGCUGCGCGACCACGUGACCUACAACGCGGAGGCGCAGCGAAAGUCGCACUACUUCAGCAGGUUGCUGGGCAAGCUGCCGGAGCUGCGGUCGCUCAGCGUCCAAGGCCUCCAGAGGAUAUUCUAUUUGAAAUUGGAGGACCUGGUGCCGGCGCCGCCGCUGAUCGAGAAGAUGUUCGUCGCUAGUUUACCUUUUUAGUGGGUACUACGUGUUACCUGCCCGAUUUUUCUGAUGAUGAGAAAUGCGAAACGUGAUAAUAUUGUCUAUGUGAUUUGUUGUUAGUAAUUAAGAUUUUAUUUUAUUUUUGUUGAUGGAAAAUUUUAACGCGGAAUGUUUGGUUUGAGUUUUACGGAAUUUUAUCGACAAUCAUUGAAUUAUUUUUUUUUUGGGAAUUUUUUUUUAACUUUAUGUGUAAGUUUAAAUUGCAGUACCUGUAAUACUCAUUCUCUUUACGAUAUACUCUUUAUUUAGUGUAAUUUUAUUAAUUUAAUCUCCUACUCCUAAUCUCCUUUAAUCUCCUUGUUUUUAUAUUUCUAUAUGCAUGUGUUUCAU